AUGAGUCCAAACGAAGCAACUAUCACUUUACCAAAUAAUAAGACUAUUAAAACUCCCACUGGUCUAUUUAUCAAUAACGAAUUUGUCGACUCGGUUGAUGGGAAACGUUUUGAAACCAUUAAUCCCGUUACCGAAAAAAUUAUUACCACGGUAGCUGAAGCAUCAGAAAAAGAUGUUGAUAUAGCAGUUGAUGCUGCCGAGAAAGCUUUUAAUGAAGCUUGGCGAUAUUUUACUGGAGUUCAAAGAUGUAAACUGCUUAAUAAAUUAGCAGAUUUGAUGGAACGUGAUUUGGAUGAAUUGGCUGCUUUAGAAUCUUUGGAUAAUGGUAAAACUUAUAAAGAAUCUAAGGAAACUGACCUCUCGAUGUCAAUUGAGGUUUACAGAUAUUAUGCUGGAUGUUACACUCGGCAUGAACCUAUUGGUGUGUGUGCUGCAAUUAUUCCAUGGAACUUUCCUUUAAUGAUGCAAGCCUGGAAACUCGGUCCAGCUUUAGCAUGCGGUAACACAAUUGUGCUUAAAACUUCUGAAUAUACUCCCUUGACUGCAUUAAAAGUUGCCGCUUUGAUUAAAGAAGCUGGAUUUCCGAAAGGUGUUGUCAAUAUUUUGAGUGGAUAUGGCAAACCUGCUGGAAGUGCUAUGGCAUAUCAUAUGAAGAUUGAUAAAAUUGCCUUUACUGGUUCCACUGUGACAGGAAAAUAUAUCUUAAAAGCAUCAUCUGAGAGUAAUUUGAAAAAAGUAACUUUGGAAUUAGGAGGAAAAUCUCCCAAUAUCAUACUCGCUGAUGCCGAUCUUGAAGAAGCAGUUAAAUGGGCCCAUUCGGGAAUUUUCUUUAAUCAUGGUCAAUGUUGUUGUGCCGGUUCAAGAGUUUAUGUCGAAAAUUCCGUAUAUAAUAAAUUUAUUAAUAAAUUUAAAGAACAUACGGAAAAGAUGAAAGUUGGCGAUCCAUUCGAAAAUGAUACUUAUCAAGGACCAGUUGUUUCUAAAAUACAAUUUGAUAGGGUUAUGGGUUACAUCGAAACUGGAAAAAAGGAAGGUGCUACUUGUUUGAUGGGAGGUGAUAGACAUGGGAAAGAGGGAUAUUUUAUUAAACCGACUAUUUUUACUGAUAAAGAAGAAAUGACCAUAAUGCAAGAAGAAAUCUUUGGUCCCGUGGUUGCAAUUUCAAAGUUUAAUACGAUUGAAGAAGUUAUUGAAAAAGCUCAUAUGACCACCUAUGGUUUGGCUGCUGCCGUAUUCACAAAAGAUGUUUCACGUGCUAUCAAGAUUUCUAACGAGUUGAAAGCUGGAACUGUUUGGGUUAACCUUUAUAAUACAUUCGACUCUUAUUCUCCGUUUGGUGGAUUUAAACAAUCUGGAAUAGGUCGUGAACUUGGAAAGUAUGCAUUGAAAGAGUAUACUCAAGUGAAGACUGUUCAAAUUAAUCUAGACAUGACUGCGUAA